AUGGUUUGCCGUGAAUUAAAAAUCUUAAAAAUAUUGAUUGAAAAAGGAUCAAAAUUUGACCACAUAAUAUCAGUUACAUUAAAUCCUUCAGAUUUUAGAAAAAUUUCAAUUGAAGAAGGAGUUGAUUGGUAUAAUUCGGAUAAAAAAUAUUAUACAGAAUACUGUCCAAUCCAUGCAAUAGUUUAUCAAUGGAGAGUUGAUCUUGUAGAAUAUUGUAUCAAAUGUGGAUUGAAUCUUAAUAUAUUAGACUCACAAGGAAAUACAUUGAUGCAUUAUGCUGCAUAUAGAUCAGAAAACUUCAAUAAAUAUCAAAUUGCUGCGAUGAUUAAUCAAUAUGCUUUAAAUCAUUUACCAAACUAUCAAAAUUCGAUUGAGAAUAUUCUCAAAAAAUUAGAUUAUGUUGACACAAGCAGCAUAAUUAAUUCUUAUGGAAGUAAGUUUGGUAUCUUCGAUCAAAAUGCAAGUAUGUUGAAAUUUCUUUAUAAAAAGAAACUAAGCAUAAAAGCGAAAAAUAUUGAUGGAUUUCAACCAAUUCAUUAUGCAGUGAUGAAGAAUUUCGAAGCUGUGAAGUUCCUUAUUGAAAAAAGAGCUGAUCUUGGAGCAAUUGGAAAUGAUCGAAGAAUUCCACUCCAUCAUGCUAUUGCACAUGGAACACCAGAAAUUGUCAAUCUUUUAUUAAGCAAAAAAUUGAAUUAUGAUAUUCAAGAUUUUAAAUUAGAUUAUCCAAUCAACAUGAUUGUUAAUCAGAAAUAUAACGGCAUCAUUAUUUGA